AUGUCUAGCGCCGUCUCGCAGAAUGAAUCUGCAACUUCACGGCCGCGCGCCGUGCCGACCCAGCCGAAUGGAACGUCCGGCAUGGCUCUCGCUCUGCCAGUCGAUAAACUAGCCCAGGACACAAGUGGCCGCUCGACCCCUGUUUCCGAAGAUGCUCCCCCGUCCGCGCAUUCGAUCUCAUCCGCGAGGAAGCAAGUCCGCGCCCGCAAUCGCCUGUUUUAUACUAUAAACUAUGUACCUCGCGUGUCACAUUUUGAUCCCGAUAGCGAUUAUCAUAAUUUCCGAGGGUUCUUUACUCUCUUUUGGAUUGGCUUGGCCAUCAUGGUCGGGACCAGCAUCUUGCGCAAUAUCAAGGAUACCGGAUACCCCCUACAGGUGCGCGUUUGGAGUCUCUUGACGGCCAAUGUGUGGGGGAUGGGGCUCAGCGAUGCGGCCAUGGUGAUAAGCUCAGUACUCGUCUUGCCUAUGCACCGGCUGUGGCGGGGUGGUCCGCAGUGGCUUCGAUGGUCGCGCGGGGGUAUAAUCUUACAGAGCUUGGGGGAGGCAUUUUGGCUGGUUCUAUGGAUAAACUGGCCCUUCAUGAUGCGAUGGACCUGGACUGCGCAGGUGUUCUUCACGCUGCAUACUCUGACCAUUCUAAUGAAACUGCAUUCAUACGCUUUCUAUAACGGGCAUCUCAGCGAGACGCAGCGCCGCCUUGCCUCCCUCGAUAAGCCAGGCCCAAAGACGCCUGAGCCCCCGGCUGCCAUUCAUUACCCGGAGGUACACCGACGUCGACAGUCAAUGAAGCAGCGUGACGAGGACCAGUCCACAGAGCCACUAGAGAGGCUUCGCGAAGACCUGGCCACGGAGUUGACCUCCCCGCUAGGCAACAUCUCAUACCCGCAGAACCUGCACCUUGGAAACUAUGUUGACUUCCUCUUUUGUCCGACUCUUUGCUAUGAGCUAGAGUAUCCCCGCCGAAAGGAGCGACGAUGGUCAGAAAUUGGCUGGAAGGCCGCUGCUGUAUUUGGUUGCAUCUUCCUGCUCACCCUGACAAGCGAGGAAUUCAUCGUCCCCGUUUUGGCAGAGGCCAAUGCCCAACUCCGUGUUGUCUCCAACGCCACAGACAAGGCUCUCGUCCUUGCCGAAACCAUAAGCAUGCUCCUCUUUCCCUUCAUGAUCAUAUUCCUGCUGGUGUUCCUCGUCAUCUUCGAAUAUGUGCUGGGUGCGUUUGCAGAGCUCACUCGGUUCGCCGAUCGUCACUUCUACGCAGACUGGUGGAAUUCCUGUGACUGGAUGGAAUUUUCCCGCGAGUGGAACGUCCCUGUCCACCACUUCCUCUUCCGCCACGUCUACUGGCCCGCUCGAUGUAACUUCUCCCAGCCUGUGGCUAUGGUUAUAACAUUCCUGGUCAGCUCUAUAUUCCACGAGCUAGUCAUGAGCUGCAUCACCAAGAAGCUUCGGGGAUACGGUUUCCUGGCUAUGAUGCUUCAGCUGCCUAUUGUCGCGAUUCAAAAGUCUCGCUUUUUCCGUGGCCGGACAAUCCUUAAUGUAAGCCGUUACUUGUUUGCUUUAGUAAUUGCGGUCCUCGCUGACUCCCUUCCUAGAAUGCCUUCUUCUGGGUCUCAAUGA